UCCACUGAGCAAGAUGAAGAGCAGUCUCAGAACAGCGCUGAUACUGUUAGUGCCGUGUCUCAUAUCGGCGCAGAUACAAGUGGAAAUUGUCCCGGGCUCCGACGACAGAAACCCUGAUGUGGUCGUCAGCGGAACCGACCGAGCUAAAGCUUCAGACAAUGACCUCCAAGCAUUUGGACUAACUCUAACUGCGGUUAAAAGUAACCUCAUGAAAAUGCAAUUGAAAUGGAAAACGGUUGGAAAAAUAAACAUAAAUUUCGCGAGUGUCUCUGGGUAUAGAGACCUCUACGUUACACUGAGACCGAAAUCCGAAAGAGUUCUACGAACCAACGACGAAAUAGUUAAAUAUAGAAAGAGAACUUAUCGUAAUAAUGAUAGAACAGCUAAAGAGCUUGUCGUGGAACGAGACGUUACUGAGAGUUUGACUACAAAAUGGUUUGAGACGCGAGACUUAUCUCUACACAACAGUAUUACACACAUUGUUCAGCGUAAUAGUUUGGAGCAUUCCUCGAGGUACGGACAACAAGGCUACGCUCAUAAAGCAGUGACAAUCGAGGCUGAACCAGAAGAAGAAGUAGAAUUACAACCAGGAGAAUCUGUCAAAGCUGAAUUACAAAUGAAGAAGACGACGGUUGAAGUGAGAAUCGACUACGAAGUCAGCCUGGACGGAGACAUCUAUUUCGGAUACUUCUGCGGCCCGUUCGGUCAUAUCUGUCUGAAUUAUGACCAUUUGGACAUCAACGAAUAUUUCAUGAGGAUCGGCCAAUCGUCCGUGCUGGAGACGCACGAGAUUCUGACGUAUGUUUACUACCACGACCCGCAAUUGAAAGUUGCGGUAAAACAACGAAAUACAGAGUCGACACUACGUCCGGGUUAUUAAAAAUGGUGUGGUGAUUUCCCGAAUAAGAUUAAAGUUUGGUGAUUUCGGCAAAACUGAUUAUUAUUUAUUAAGGGCGAAGCCAAACGAGCGUAA